AUUCUACAUUUCAAAGUUUUCUCAAAAUUCAAAAAAAAAAAAGUUUUCUUGCAAAACAACAUCCAUUUUACUGCAAAACUCCGCUAAAUCCACAAUGUCCACAUAUUUUAAUUAUCCYUCGCGCAGCUUAAUUGAUGAACUACGUCAUAUAGCAGCGGAACUUAUGAAACCGGGACAUGGCAUAGUCAUCACGGACGAAUCGCCAUCACAAUUAGAGCGUUUAAUGGAAAUGUUUGGCAUAAAUUCUUCGAAAGAGAUGCGCAUCCAAUACCGCAGUCUAUUAUUUUCAGUUAAGGAAUCACUAGACGAAUAUGUCUCUGGUGUUGCCGUGCACCCGGAGGUAUUGGAACAAACCACACCUAACGGUUGUGCGCUACACUGUCAGUUGCGGCGMAAGAAUGUAUUGGUUGGAGUCACCGUCGAUAAGGGGCUUGUGCCAUUGUUAACUACCUACGGAGAGUACACCACGCAGGGUCUUGACGGUUUGGCUGGACGGUGUGCCGAAUAUAAGGAUUGCGGUUGCGAUUUUACCAUGUGGCGCGCACAGUUUAACAUUGGYGAAUAUUCGCCUUCGUACCAGGCUAUAAUGGAUAAUGCCAAUAACCUGGCAAAGUUUGCGGCCAUCUCACAAUCAAAACGUAUGCUGCCAAUCUUAGAGGUAGAUGUAGUGCCAUCAGAUGACAAUGAUAUGGAACGUGCUGAAAAAGUCGCCGAGACAAUUUUAAUAUUCAUUUUUAAAUCACUUUGUAUUCAUCAUGUCAAUCUAGAAGGCACAAUACUGAAAUUCCCUGCCCUAAACGCAGGCUCRAAGUGCACGARACGUUAUUCGCCGGGUCAGAUCUCAAAAACAACAUUACGCUUACUGAGGCAUGUCGUGCCGGCUUCAGUCGGUGGUAUCAUUUUGCAUGUGGAUGGUAAGACGGAAGAUAAGAGUCUUUGCCUGCUGAACGCCACAUGUGUCGAUCCAUCACCCAAACCGUGGCCCAUAAUAUUCAGCUUCGAUGGCAUAUUACAGUCUUCGAUUAUGAUGGCUUGGGCGGGUCAGUGCAAAAAUAUGCAGAAGGGUCAACAAGAGUUUCUUAAAAUGCUGGAUGCCUUUUCCAAAGCUGUUCAGGGCGCGUAUAUAACCGGUUCGAUGAAAUCGCUAGCCGAUCAGUGUUACUGUAAAAGGGCUUUUAAAGCUUUGAAGACGAAACCKGAUCCGCUACCUGAUGAUUGUGUUAGAUAUGAUGAAAUAUGUCGACCUCCGAUUGUUAUGCCCAUUGCGCCCGCACCAGUUGCAACURCCGACUCUGCUGUAGUUGUCGCGAUCACCGCAAUUAAAACGGAGGAAACGCUAUUAGCCGUAGGAGCUACAACUGAGUUAGUCGAAGGCGAUGGACCAGUUAUAAUAGAAGAAGCGAAAUCGACCACGGAAGCUGCAACAGAGGAUGCCGCAAYAGAGCAAACAGAGAGUCCACCAGCAGAUAGUCAGUAGAAGUGGACUAUUCAGAGGGGAUCUCCGACCAGUUACCGGUGGUUGUAAGUAGGAGCAUAACGUGGCAGUGAAAUGGAUGCCAAAAGUUUCGAAAUAAAACAGUUAUAUUUUAAUAUUGAAACAAUAAAGUUUCAGUUUCUAGUUAAGAUCCRCAAAUAUGGGACAAAGUUUUUGAAAGCAAAGCGAAGCAACUCUUAUCAACACUAAAGRAAAAUGCUAAAAAACAGAGAUGCAUAUUAUAUUUUAUUACUCAACACUUUGAUUUUCUUAAACAAAUGUAUUUAAACCAUGAUAAAACCUGAUAGGAUCAGAACUCCUUUUACAAUCUGGAUGUCACAUGGAUAGCAAAAGCGCCAUCGUUCUCAUUUUGACGUAUUGAAAUAUUGGCACGACCAUCGUAGCCCACCACAACCGAUUUUCCUGUACAUCUUGAACCCGACUUUUCGCCGGAGAUGAUGUCACAGUAAGUGCCCGCCGGCAAACAGGUCUGCAACGAGAUGUUCAAAUCAUUAUUAUCAUUGUUGAAAGCUACGAAGCCCUUAUUGCCACGACAGAAGGCGAUCUGGUUACUGCCAUUGUCCCACCAGUUCUGUACAUUAGUGCCGGAUACGAUGUUUCUGAAGCCAACCAUGUUGGAGACCUGAAAUUGGUGACAGUGUGUUUAACAUAGACUUGCAAAGAAGGUAGCUAGUAAAACUCCUCAACUCACUUGCACACCAGCAUAACCCUUGGGACCAAGGAAAUUCUCACAC